UGUCCGAGAGGAGAUGAAGGCUAUUGGAUGUUGCACGAUUUGGCUUUGGCUUGCAAUCCACCUUUUCCCUGUCUCUCACUCUAUGGCAGUCACUGACAGAACAGGUUUUGAUUUAGCAGAAAGCUUUUCUUUGAGGCAGACUUCAUGUGGAGUCGGAAAACCCUGUUUUAAGUUGGGGAAUGCACCUCUUAUCAGAGACUCUCAGCAAGUGUUUCCAAAUGGGAUUCCAGAGGAAUACUUCUUAACAGCCACAUUCCGUGUUAGACGAAACAGCAAAAAAGAGCGGUGGUAUUUACUGCAGAUUUUAGAUCAGCAUAACUUGCCACAGGUUUACAUCACAGUUGAUGGUUCAAAAAAAGUCAUAGAGUAUGUUGCACGAUCCACCCAGGGGAACUCCUUGCACUACAUCUUUAAAAGCCGCGAAAUCCACCCUGUCUUUGACCGGCAAUGGCAUAAACUUGGCAUCAGCGUACAAUCAAGGAUGAUUUCUCUGUAUGUGGAUUGCAGCUUAAUUGAGCAAAGGCAGACUGAUGAAAAAGCUGCUACUGACUUUCAAGGAAAGAUUCUCAUUGCUACCCAUUAUUUAGAUGGCAAGCCUGUAGACAUUGAACUUGGCCGUAUGAUGGUAUAUUACAAUCCCAGACUUGCUACUCAGGAGAAUUGCUGUGAAUUAUCUGAGAAUAUGUGUCCUUUGGAAGAAAGCUUGAAAACUACUGCAGCAUCACCAUCAACUGUUCGAGUUGGUGAAAUACAUGCACUUCCAAUAAUGGAAAAGAAACCUGAAGAAAAAUGCUUUUGCUCUCCAAGCAAGGGGGAAGCAGGAUUGCCGGGACUAGCUGGUUUGCCAGGACAGAAAGGAGAAAAAGGUGAAGAUGGAGUUAAAGGAGAAAAUGGUACCCCUGGUUUUCCUGGAGAGAAGGGAGAAGAUGGCCUGAUCGGAGCUCCUGGUGUUCCUGGAGAUUUUGGUGAAAAGGGUGAACAUGGCUUGAUGGGUGACAAAGGUGAUGUGGGUGAAAAGGGUGAAAAGGGAGAUACAGGAGAGAAAGGAACAGAUGGCAUACCUGGAAGAGAUGGUUUAAAAGGUGAUGCUGGUGAACAUGGAUUGGCUGGUGCAAAGGGAGAAAAGGGUGAGAUAGGACCUCCAGGACCAGCUGCCCUUAGUGGGGUGCCUGGAAUGGAAGGUCCUCAAGGCCCACCUGGGAAAGAAGGUCAGAGGGGACGACGAGGCAAGCCGGGACACCCUGGACAAACAGGGCCACCAGGACCACCAGGUCCUCCAGGUGUCCCAGGAUUUCAAGAUUCCUUUAAAGGACCGUAUUACCAGAGUCAUCAUGAAGAAAUGAGCUUAAAAGGUUCAAAAGGUGAACAGGGAGAGGCUUCUGAGAAAGGAGAAAAAGGGGAUCCAGGUGAAUCAGGGGAGCCUGGUCUUUCUGGGCCCACUGGAAUUCCAGGACCUCAGGGAUCCCCAGGACAAAUUGGCCCCAGAGGACAACCAGGAGAAGUUGGCUUACCAGGAGAACAUGGAAUACCUGGGAAACCAGGGAUUAAAGGAGAGAAGGGGGAUUCUGGUGGAAUCGUUGGCCCCCCUGGCUCCCCAGGUGCUAAAGGUGACACAGGACCUCCAGGAUCAAGUCUUCCAGGAAAACCAGGUCCAGCAGGCACUCCUGGAACAAUAGGUCCACGUGGUCCUAAGGGUGAAAGAGGGCUGCCUGGGGUACAAGGGCCUCCUGGAGAGAUGGGUCCAGUAGGAAAUGGAACCCAAGGCUUCCCUGGUCCUAAAGGGCCUCCUGGGGCACCAGGCUUUCAGGGCCCAAGAGGACCCCCUGGAUUACCAGGAACUCCAGGAACCCCAGGUCUUGAUGGUAUUCCAGGACGUGAUGGAAAGCCAGGAAUACCAGGACCCCCAGGUGACCCGGUUGCUCUUCCUCUUCUAGGAGACAUGGGUGCUUUAUUGAAGGGUGAUCCUGGUCCAAGAGGUCCUGCAGGAAUUCCAGGUAGAGAAGGGCCUAAGGGGACCAAAGGUGAGCGUGGAUUUCCUGGGCUUCCUGGAGAGAAAGGUGAUGAGGGUCUUCAAGGCAAUCCAGGACUUCCUGGUGUAGCAGGGCCUGCUGGACCUUCUGGGGCGGUAGGAAGACCUGGGCAGCCAGGCUCACCAGGAACAAAAGGUGACAAGGGGAACGAGGGCACUGCUGGGAAGCCUGGACCUCCUGGACCACCUGGCGUUCCAUACAAUGAAAGAAAUGGCAUGAGCAGCUUAUAUAAACUACAGGGGGGAGCCAAUGCUGCCAGUUAUGCUGGUCCACCUGGGGCUCCCGGGCCCAAAGGUGAUACUGGAGCAGUGGGCGAGCCAGGCCCAAUGGGACUACCAGGACUAGAAGGACUUGCUGGAGCAAAGGGCGACCGGGGGCCAGCAGGCACUCCAGGAGUACCAGGGAUACCUGGAAAGCACGGUGCUCCAGGGCCACCAGGGAUCCCAGGAGAACCAGGAGAAAGGGGUCCCAUUGGAGACAUUGGAUUUCCUGGGCCUGAGGGGCCAUCUGGAAUACCAGGCAUAAAUGGGAAGGAUGGAUUGCCUGGUCCUCAGGGUAUAUUGGGUAAAGCUGGUGACAGAGGCCCCAAAGGAGAACGUGGGGAUCAAGGUAUACCGGGAGACAGGGGGCCACAAGGUGAAAGGGGAAGACCUGGCUUAACAGGAGACAAAGGAUCUAUAGGGCCCAUGGGGCCUGCAGGGGGCAAAGGCAACCCAGGAUCACCAGGUCAUAAGGGCCCUCCAGGUUCACCAGGUGUUCCAGGCUUACCGGCUGAUUCAGUUUCAUUUGAAGAAAUAAAGAAAUAUAUCCGACAAGAGGUUCUUAGAGUUUUUGAAGAGAGGAUGGCUCAGUUUGUAUCUCAGCUCAAACUACCAGCUGCCAUGCUAGCUUCCCAAACUCAUGGAAAACCAGGUCUGCCAGGAAAAGAUGGAUUACCUGGGCCGCCCGGAGAACCUGGACCUCCAGGCUACAGAGGACAGAAAGGUGAAAGAGGUGAGCCUGGAAUUGGCCUGCCAGGUGAUCCUGGCCCACCUGGUCCUUCAGUCCCUGGGAUGCCAGGCCCACCUGGAGCUCCGGGAGGACCAGGUACACAGGGCCCACCUGGAGCAGCAGGAAGGUGCAACCCAGCAGAUUGCUAUUAUCACGUCUCUCAAACACAGCCACGAACAACUGGGAAAUGAACAUCUUCUCUGGAUCUAUUUUGAUUCCUGGUUUACCCCUUCCUCACUCCUCCCUGCCCCACUACCAAAUUACAAAUUUAAGCUUUAAUAUAU